AUGGUUUACCCUGAAUAUGUUGAUGGUCAACCGCCAAUUAUUUCAUUGAGAGAGUAUGAUACCGCCCCUUGGGCCAAAGACACUGCUAUAGAUCGUAAAGAUUCUAAAUAUGUUAUUGUUGAAAUGACCAAUCCUGAUCACAUAGUUGCUUCAAUUCCCCAAUCCGAUUAUGCCACAUUAGAUGAAAUCUUCCAAAGUGCACAUGCAACACAUGCCAAAGACCUUCAUGAUAAGAAAUAG